AUGCCCGACACCAUUCUCGACGACAUCUCCCACCGGAGGUACAACCCACUAACAGACAGCUGGCUGCUCGUCUCUCCUCACCGGACAAAGCGACCGUGGCAGGGCCAGCAAGAGAGUGCGUCCGUAACGACUCUGCCCGAGUAUGACCCCAAGUGCUACCUCUGUCCUGGUAAUCCUCGCGCCGCUGGCGACAAGAACCCCAGCUAUGACAAGACAUUUGCUUUUGUGAAUGACUACAGCGCUGUCAAAGAGCAGCAGCCCGACUAUGAGGUCUCCCAGUCGUCAGACGGCAUGUCCCCCUUGUUGAUCAAGGGAGUGUGCUAUGUCCUGACGUUCUCACCAAAGCACAAUACCACUCUCGCUGAUAUGCCGGCCCAAGACAUCCUGCCAACGAUUGAUCACUGGACCCGACUCUACGCCAAUCAUCUAGCCCCGUCAAAUCCGCUUUCAGAAGUGGCAGCAAAGCUUCAGCUUUCCAUUUCCAAGGAAGAGGCCCCUAUUCCCAAGGACAACUACCGCUACAUGCAAAUCUUUGAGAACAAGGGCGCGGUGAUGGGCUGCUCCAACCCGCAUCCUCACUGUCAGGCCUGGACAACGUCUACUAUGCCAGAAGAGCCGGGCAAAGAGCUCACACAAAUGACCAAAUACCGUCAGAAGCACGGAAGGCAUCUAUUGGCAGACUAUAUCAAGCUGGAACUGGAAAAGGAGGAGCGUGUGCUGUGGCAAAACGCCUCCUUUGUCGUUGUAUGCCCGUGGUGGGCUGUCUGGCCCUUUGAAGUUCUCAUCCUCCCCAAGCGCCAUAUCCGCGCUCUCGUCGAUUUCACAGCGGAUGAGCGGCUACAACUUGCGGAGGCCAUCCAGGAGGUCACCCGUCGCUAUGAUAAUCUGUUUGAAACCCAUUUCCCGUACAGCUCGGGCAUUCAUCAGGCUCCGUUGGAUGGAACGCCAGAGGAAAUUGAGAAUGCCUACUUCCACAUGCACUUUUACCCUCCACUGCUGCGAUCUGCGACGGUCAAGAAAUUCCUUGUUGGAUUCGAGCUCAUGGCGGAGCCACAGCGAGAUAUCACUCCAGAGCAGGCAACAACUCGUCUCCGAGCGUGCGAUGGGGAGCUGUACAGGAAUAAGCUGAGCUAG